CAGUUGGAAGAUCUAAGAAGCUCCAUUAAUUGGAAUGAGAAAGCUAGCUGAUCAUUCAAAUAAUAUUAUGGGGAAGGUGGUGGACAUGAAAGUGAACAAUAACAAGAGCUUGAAGCUUAGGAAGGGCUUGUGGUCACCAGAAGAAGAUGAGAAGCUCAUGAACUACAUGAUAAGAAACGGUCAAGGCUGUUGGAGUGACAUUGCUAGGAAUGCAGGUCUGCAGAGGUGUGGCAAGAGCUGUCGUCUUCGUUGGAUUAAUUACUUGAGACCUGAUCUCAAACGCGGGGCUUUUUCGUCCCUAGAGGAAGACCUCAUCAUUCAUCUGCAUUCCAUUCUUGGCAACAGGUGGUCUCAAAUCGCGGCACGUCUUCCAGGAAGGACAGACAAUGAAAUAAAGAAUUUCUGGAAUUCUACAAUCAAGAGAAGGCUGAAGAACAACACUACAACUACUACUUCUACUUCCACAUCCUCACCAAACAACAGCACUGAUUUAUCAGAGCCUAGAGAUGUCAUGGUGGGAGGGUUCAUCAUGUCCAUGCAUGAAAAUAACAUCAUGACCAUGUGCAGGGACUCAUCUUCCUCGUCUUCGUUGUCAUCCAUGCAUGGAAUGGUCACCAACAGCCGCUUCGAGUGCCCUUUCCCUCUGCUAGACAAUGGCCAUGACCUAACCGGUGCACCUGGCUUAGUUAAUGUCUCGACGUGCUUAGAACAAGUUGGUUUGGAUGAUGGGUUUGGUGGGGAUUAUAGGACUGUAGAGCCAGGUCUGGUGGGGUUAGAUAGUGAUCCGUUUUCUCUUCCUCCAAUGUUAGAGAGUACUAAUGCUUCUAGUGAUUACACUUCCUUUGAUAAGAAAAUCAAUAACAACCAAUUCAAUGAUGUUGAGAGCAUCAAAGUAGAAGACAUGAGGUUUGGGUUUGGAAAUCAUUGGCAAGGAGAAAACUUAAGAAUGGGAGAAUGUGAUUGGGAAGGUUUGUUGGAAAACGUCUCCUCCUUUCCUUUCCUUGAUUUCCAAGUUGAAUAGCUGGCUACCCUCUCUCUCUCUCUAUCCCUCCGAUUUUCUCCAGAAAAUAGGUGUUUUCAAAAUUUCCAACAAAAUGACCCUUUUGUUAGAUUUGACUCUGAACUAAAUUUCCUCAGAUCCCAAUUUCAAGAUGUCUAUUCUAUACUCCCUGAGUUUCAAACAAGUGUCUUCGAUGAUCAAAUCCACAUGCACCAACUCUUUCAUACAAUGAUAGACUGCAAUAAAUAUUACCCAUUAAUGGAUAUGCAUGUCCUGGCCACAGAGAUUUUUUAAUGAUCGAAUGUAUUUCCUAGUGAGGGAAGAUUCAUCAUGUUGCGGAAUUAGGUUUAAUUUGGUGCAAUAAUCAUGUCUUUCAUGAAGCCAGACGUGGAUAGAAGUGGAGAAGAAAUAAAUGAAGACUAGUUGAAAAUUGUAGUUUUGAUGUAAGAUUAAUGGAAUUAAUAAUGAGAAGUGGGAAAGUUGUUAUUAGUGGGACACAAUUAUUUUAGACUAGAGAGGGAAGGUUUUCUCAUGUACAAGAGGAAUAAUGAGAGAGAGUGGAAGUUGUUACUUGUGGGAGAUAAGUAUAUUUGAAAAUGUAUAUGGUGAUGAUUAUCAUUUGAAUGGUACGUCUUCAUACA